AUGACGUGUGAAAUUUCUAACUACAGAUUCUGUUAUUUUGUGGCGGAAUGUGUGCAGAAUUUUAUCACGGUGAUGGAUUCUUUUAAGUUGAAUAUGGUGGCUGUUGAUCAAGUUUUUCCUUUGCUUUCUGAUUUGUCGGGGUCGUUGAACAAAUUGUCGAUUUUCCCCCCGGAUUUUGAAGGGAAGGUCAAGAUGAAGGAGUGGAUUGGGAGGUUGGCGAAAAUGGGGGCGGCUGAUGAGUUGACUGAACAGCAGUCCAGGCAACUGCAUUUUCAUUUGGAGUCUUCCUAUAAUUCUUUUAUGGAUGCAUUGCCUACUGAUGGGACAUGA